CAUGAUCAGGGACAAGUUCUGUUGGAUAUAGUCUUCAAGCAUCUCGAUUUGACGGAGAGAGAUUAUUUUGGUUUACAGUUGGCUGACGAAUCCACUGAUAACCCAAGGUGGAUGGAUCCAAACAAGCCAAUUAGGAAGCAAUUAAAAAGAGGAUCUCCUUACAGUUUGAACUUUAGAGUCAAAUUUUUUGUAAGUGACCCUAACAAGCUUCAAGAAGAAUACACGAGGUACCAGUAUUUUUUGCAAAUUAAACAAGAUAUUCUUACUGGAAGAUUACCCUGUCCUUAUAAUACUGCUGCUCUUUUGGCUUCCUAUGCUGUUCAGUCUGAACUGGGAGACUACAGUCAUUCAGAAAACUUGCCAGGCUACCUCUCAGACUAUUCUUUCAUCCCUAGCCAGCCUCAAGACUUUGAAAAAGAAAUAGCAAAAUUACAUCAACAGCACAUAGGCUUGUCUCCUGCAGAAGCAGAGUUCAAUUAUCUCAAUACGGCACGUACCUUAGAACUCUAUGGAGUUGAGUUGCACUAUGCAAGGGAUCAAAGUAACAAUGAAAUUAUGAUUGGAGUGAUGUCAGGAGGAAUACUAAUUUAUAAGAACAGGGUACGAAUCAACACUUUUCCAUGGUUGAAGAUUGUAAAAAUUUCUUUUAAGUGCAAACAGUUUUUUAUUCAACUUAGGAAAGAAUUGCAUGAAUCUAGAGAAACAUUACUGGGAUUCAAUAUGGUGAAUUAUCGAGCCUGUAAGAAUUUGUGGAAGGCUUGUGUUGAGCAUCACACUUUCUUCCGACUGGACAGACCUCUACCCCCUCAGAAGAACUUUUUUGCACAUUAUUUUACUUUGGGUUCAAAGUUCCGAUACUGUGGGAGGACAGAAGUCCAGUCUGUACAGUAUGGUAAAGAAAAAGCAAACAAAGACAGGGUAUUUGCAAGGUCCCCAAGUAAACCAUUGGCACGGAAAUUGAUGAGUGGAAUGGACUGGGAGGUAGUAAGUAGAAAUUCACUGUCAGAUGACAGGUUAGAAACUCAGAGCCUACCAUCACGAUCUCCACCUGGAACCCCAAAUCAUCGCAACUCUGCUUUCACUCAAGAGGGAACCCGUUUACGACCAUCUUCAGUUGGACACUUAGUGGACCAUGUAGUUCACAGCUCACCAAGUGAAGUUUUUGCAAAUCACAGAUCUCCAUCUUCCACGCAGGCGAACAGCAUCAUCCUAGAGUCAUCGCCAUCCCAGGAGACCCCUGUAGAUGGGCAGCCACCUGCAUUACCACCCAAACAAUCGAAAAAGAACAGUUGGAACCAAAUUCAUCAUUCUCAUUCCCAGCAAGACCUGGAUAACCAUAUUAAUGAAACAUUUGAUGUUCCCACAUCGCCUGAAAAAUCCACACCCAACGGUGGUGUUCCCCAUGACAAUCUUGUUCUGAUUCGAAUGAAACCAGAUGAAAAUGGGAGAUUUGGCUUCAAUGUAAAGGGUGGAUAUGACCAGAAGAUGCCUGUAAUAGUGUCAAGAGUAGCCCCAGGAACACCUGCUGACCUCUGUGUCCCUCGUUUGAAUGAAGGAGACCAGGUUGUCCUGAUUAAUGGCAGGGAUAUAGCAGAACAUACCCAUGAUCAAGUUGUCAUGUUUAUUAAAGCUAGCUGUGAGAGGCACUCAGGGGAACUUGUGCUCCUUGUUCGACCCAAUGCUGUCUAUGAUGUGGUAGAGGAGAAGAUGGAGAAUGAGCCUGACUUUCAGUACAUCCCUGAGAAAUCCCCACUGGAUGGUAUCCAUCAAGAUGAUAAUGCUCUGAGGGAAUCUAUGAUUCAGCUAGCAGAGGGGCUAAUCACCGGAACUGUUCUAGCCCAGUUUGAUCAAUUAUAUAGAAAAAAACCUGGAAUGACAAUGUCUUGUGCCAAAUUACCUCAAAACAUUUCCAAAAAUAGAUACAGAGACAUUUCGCCUUAUGAUGCUACACGGGUCAUUUUAAAAAGUCAUGAAGAUUACAUCAAUGCAAAUUAUAUAAAUGUUAAGUGCCAUCAGUACUGGCCAGAGCCUACAGGAAGCUCAUCAUAUGGGAAUUUCCAGAUUGCCUGCCAUUCAGAAGAAGGAAAUCCUGCUUAUGUCUUCAGAGAGAUGACACUGACUAACCUGGAGAAAAACGAAAGUCGUCAACUCACCCAGAUUCAGUACAUAGCAUGGCCAGAUCAUGGGGUUCCUGAUGAUUCCAGUGACUUUCUGGAUUUUGUGUGUUUAGUACGGAAAAAAAGGGCUGGCAGAGAAGAGCCUGUUGUUGUUCAUUGCAGUGCUGGGAUUGGACGGACAGGGGUUCUUAUCACGAUGGAAACAGCUAUGUGUCUAAUUGAGUGCAAUCAGCCUGUUUAUCCAUUAGAUAUUGUGAGAACAAUGAGAGAUCAAAGGGCCAUGAUGAUCCAAACCCCUAGUCAAUACAGAUUUGUUUGUGAAGCUAUUUUGAAGGUGUAUGAAGAAGGAAUUGUUAAACCCCUAAAGACAUUGCUACAUAAAUAAAGAGCAAAAGGCCUGGGAUACAGAUUGAAGAAUCCUGUCCUCUAAUAAACUUGGCAGCCUUCAUCGUGCCAUAACACUGCUUGCAGGAAAUGGUAUUGGAGAACAGCAAAGAAUUGACAAAGGACUUUGAAGACUUCAGCACUGUUGCACUUUAUGUUGAAACAAAAAUCAGUCUCUAAAACUCUAUAACUUUCAUGUGUUUGAAGACUUUAUUUUCAUGCUUUGCUCCGAACAAACAAACUGUAAACUGAAAGAACUAAGUGUGUUCAGGGUAACUUCCGAUAUUUCAUUGUAGUGCCAUAUACUCCCCCUUCUGAUUCAAUUGCUACAAACAAGGCUUGGAAUUAUUUCACUCUGUUAUACACCUACAUCUUUAAAGAACAAAAAACCAACAAAAAAAUACACUAAGCUAUGGUCUCUUCCAGUGCUAGGUGAUUUGCCAUGUACAGAUUCUCCACUUUUGUUUUUUUUUUUUAAAAACAUUAGCAAUAUUGCCAAUAUUAGAAACACACUGCCUACUGAUGCAGCACUUUGCCCUCCAUCCUGUUUUGAGACCAGCUAGUUAUUGAAGGAAAGUUGGCAUCUGUGUUAACCCAGCAGUAGCUGCAUAAUGCCCACUUACCAGCAUCUUGUGAAAUAUAAACGAUAUUGCUUUGAGUUAAUGACACGACUUAGUGCCCAACACUGGUGUAUUCGGAUUCACUUGAGUUAACAUUACAUCGUGGGAACUAGUGCAUGCAUUAUGUCUUAACCCCUUAAGUGCCUUGAGACUUACAAUGUACGUCUAAUGAAGAAGGCACUCGUAUGACCCUUUGGGGGUAGUAUCAUCCUUUCAUAUUUUUUCUUCAUGGGUUCACGUUUUAAAAUGGCCCUUGGUGCUUGGAGUAUGUUACUGCAAGGGGUCACAGAAAUACCAUUCCCUCUUUCCUUUUACAGGUACCUGCAUGCUACUACAGGUAGCAAAAGCACCUCUGCCUACUUAAUGAACAGGCAUUGUUUGCUGCUGUGUAAUUUUGUGGAAAAUCCGACACAUUCCUUUCAACUGGUAACUUUUAUUAGCAGCUUAACAUGAAAUGCCAGUAGGUUGUUAGAAUUUGAUCCUCUCUCUUACCCUCCCAUUGAGAGAAGCUAUCUCAUUUGAUUAGAAUAUACCUUUUUUACAGCACUGAUACUUAAGCUUAAACUUACAGUCAAAUGUGAUUAAUUCCUUUCCAUCCCUGUUAACUAACUAUUUUUCUAAGUCAUCAUCAGUUGAUUUCAAGCCAUGUUCGUACUGGACUGCUUUUUUUUUUUUUUUUUGAGUAAGACAAGACUGUCACAUUUCCCAAAAUUUUAAUUCCUUAGUAACCCCAGUCAUUUUCUGUUAUCCUUGUGGAAAAUUAAAUUGUUCCAGUUUGUAUGUCUUGUUUCUUAUUUAAGUCAUUAGCAUGUGUGUAACAAAAGACUUAUGUCUCUGUCUGAUACAGUAUCUGAGCUCAUUCUAAAGAUGUGUAUAUUUUGUCCCUUUUAAUACUUUUUUCAAGUAUGGAAGAAGCCAAGUGGUAAGCAAGGUGUCCAUCUUGAUAUACAGGAAGAAGAGAUUCAGUCACUUUCUACACUGCCCUGUAAAAACCUAAUAUUACGUGCCGUGUAUUUAAAAGUUUUAAGUUAUUUUAUUGGUUUCCAGAAAAUUAUUAUCUGAUCAGUUUUGUUAAUAACCUAUAUAUAUUGCCUAGAAUUAAAAGAUGAAAAGUUCUAAGCUGAAGAAGAUUAAAUAUUGUAAAAUUCUUCUAUAUAAUACACUGUGUUCCUUGGACAGCUAGAAAAGACCACAGUUGUGAAGGAUAUGAGUAUACAACCAAUUUACUGCAGGUCAGAAGGGACUGGGCUUUACUGAAUAUCAGCUGCUCUAUGGUGAAUGCAUGCAUGUAUGUAUGUAUACUCUUACCACAUACUGUGUGGUAGUCAAGUCAUGGCACGUACACACUCAGGUCAUGGCAUACACAAGCAAACUCAUGUGUGCACACUCAACUGGAGUCAUGGCACAUGCAUGCUCCUGUCAGCUUGUGCGCGUGCAUGCACACACAUUCUCUCUUUUUCUCUCAAGUCAUGGCACAUACACACCCGCACACACUCAAGUCCAGUCAUGGCACGUGUGUACACAUUCAAGUCGAAUAAUGGCACAUGCGUGUACACACACUACCUACUGUGAUUUUAACUUGCAGUUCCUGCAGGGUAAGAGCAUGCCAUGGGCACAACACAGGGCAGCUAACACAUGGCAAAGCCCUUGCCCCUUUUUAUACUGCUGUAAAUUACUUGUAUGUCCAUACCCAGGAUUUUCAAAAACCAGUGAAAAUGAAUUCAGGUAAAUUGAAGCUUUCGUUUCUGAAUUUGUGACCAUCGAGAGCCACAAUGCCAAAUAAAGAGAUAUAGAGUUUUAAAUAUUUUUAGAAAUAAAGGAGAACAUAAUAUUAGAUGGGCUAUUGCCCCUGUUUACAAAGAAAUUCUACUACUUAUAUUUCUAGAUUUGAGAUUUGUGUCUAUAUUGUCCCCCAGCGAACAGAUGAAUCUUAUUUGAUGAAAUUUGAGUGUAAACUGAGUGCUGCUGCCAGAAAACUGACAAUGUGGCCAUGGUUCCUGAAGAAAUGGGUGGGAAAUUAUACCCACGUUGAAACUGAGAAUUAAUUAGUCAGAAUGGGCUACCAAAAACCAUCCCGGUUCAGUUUGUAACCUCCAGCCUAUAAGAGGUGUGCCAUCUUAUGUCUGCAGGGGUGUUGGUUGUAGCUGUCCUGGUCUAAGGAUGUAGGUAGAUGAGGUUCUUUGAGUAAAUCUGAUAUCUUUAAUUAGACCAAUGCAAAUACUUGGGGAAAAUUCUUCUUUGCAAGCUUUCAGGUACAAACACCUUAUGUCUGCCAUACUUGGAAAACACCUGUGAGGGCCUGGAUGCCCAGCAUCUAGGAAGGCACUGAGAACCAUACAGUUCAAAAACUGUAUCUAGUGUCAGUUCAGAGAUCAAAAAUAGUUUUGUCAUGGGCUUCUAUUUUGACAACUAGAAAAGUAGAAAUGAUGAUUUAAAGGUGCUUUCUGUGAAAAUAUUUAAAAAAGAGGUUCUCUCUUUCACUGACUAUAUUUAACAAAACACGAAAGAGCACAAGAUGUUUUGCCAUACCUAGAUGCCCAAGAAUACAUGGGAAAGCACCUUUGGAUACCAAGCCCAACAGCAGCUGUUUCCAUUUUGAUGGCCAGGCAAAAUAAAUGUUUUACCAUUUGAUUUUAGAAAGAAAAAUAGUAGGGCUAUCUGGUUUGAAUUUCAGUUUUAAUUUGCAGCAGACAUGUUACCCUGUAGUGAAAGUUUAAGAUUUGAUCUUCCUUGUGACAACAUCUUGAGACCUAACGUUGGUUAGGUGGAGGACUAAAUUAAAUUAAGCACUUAAUAUCUAAACAUUUAAAUUAAAAAAUAUACAUCCAUUAUAUUAAAAUGAACUAUCUUCAUAGUAAAUAUGUAAACGACAGUAAUGGAAUUGCCCUUUUUAUAUACCUUUAUUGAGGGAAAGCAUGAUAGAGAGUUUAUCGCAACAUUGGAUAGUGUUGGUGUAUGGCAUGUUUAAACACUCUAUGUGAGGUUGCCAAAGCGGUUUGAGUUCACACGACCCAUUUAUACCACAAUUAUACGUGGAAUAUAUUUAUUGGCUAUUUUUUAUUAUUGUGUUGGUUCUGGAUGGAGGCAAAAGAAACAGAUUUCUUUGUCUGAAUUAACUUCAGUUGAUUUAAUAUACUAACUAGCUGUAGUGGGGGAAACAAAUCCUAGCUGUAUGUUAAGUGAGCUGGUAUGGCCACCAGCUGAAAAACAAACAUCAGUGAGUUCUUAGUUACCACCCUACAUGCUUCCAGGAAAAUUUAGAGUUUGUUGGAAAAUAGUGAAAAACCAUCAAUAUCUUUUUAACACCAUUAAGCAUUAGUACAACAGAAUGAUGUUCCUACCAGUUGUGGUAUAAAUGGCCUUGAAGUAUUUUUCUAUGGCCAUAAAAGAAAGUCAGACAGAACUGCUAAAUAUUUUACCUUGGGUUAUGAAGAUCUGUAUCAUUAUCCUCAAAAGGAAAAGAAAGAGAUAUUUUUUAGGUUUUUUGUGUUUCAUGCUGUACAAAACAUGAAUGUAUCUUACAGACAUAACGACCUAUGCGUGGUUAAUGUCAUGACUGUUGGAUUUUAUGGAUAAUUAUUUUCAUACCAUUUGUUUAGAAGAAAAAAUUAGGUGGGUGGGAAGAAAAUGAAACAAAAAAAGUUAAGUUUCUAAAACUUCCAUUAUACAAAUGCAGUUUUUUAAAGGUCAAGCGGUUUUCAUUGUAAAUAAGAGCAAUAUUAUGAUGGUUUUGUGCCAAUGUAUAAUGAACAGGCAUUUUUGUUUUCCUUUUGGCUUUAUGAUUGAAAACUGCAACUGCCAUUUAUUAUUUCAAGUAGCUUUGAAGGUUUUUAAUGGAUAAAUUUGGGGCUCUAGAGGUGGGGUUUUGUCUUGUUUUGGUUUUUUUGAGUGUUUGGGUUGGAGGCAUGAUUUUUUUCCCAGUUCUUUGGUUUUGUUAAAUAUGAAGUAACGAUCAGGUAGCACCCGCAUCAGAUGUCAGCCAUUUUCUUUGAAAAGUAUGAUUUCAGAUAAGCUAAUUUAAUGAAUUUUCCCAAGAUUUGGUGAUAUUGAAAUUGGAGUUGUUUGGCAUUUAUUGUUAAGCAAUAAAGCAUAGUGCUUCUCUCCUGUUUAUUCCAAAAUAUGCUAUCUCAGUCACUAGGAACAAAAGCUGUGAUUAUUCAUCUCAUUACAUUUAAUAUCAGUUGAUGUUUCCUCCAGGUUUCAUCUAAUGAAUUAGAUUUUGAAAUGAUUUUAGUUGAUGUUCUUCCUGCUUCUUUAGGGAAGCACUUCUUUAGGAUAGCGUCUUAAUCACACAGCCAUCCUGCAUCAUUACAAGGGUUAAAAAGCAGUUGGAGGCAAGGGGAGAUGUCUAUUGUGGAACCACGUAGCUGACACCUUCUCACGGGGAAUCAGCAGAAACUUUGCGGUUUCCAGGGAAGGACCAAAAAGCAGCUGAACUCCGCAGUUCCACUGCACAGGGCAACAGGAAGUGAAAAUGGGUGCGUGGAGAUGCUGCAGCUCUUGGCACAUAGAGGAGCUGAAUUGUGUGGUAUUUCCACGCCACUAUAGUGUGUGUUGGGGUGAGGGCAGGUGGAGGAUGUUCGAUGGUUCAGGGAAAUAGCAAGACUAUGGUCAGUAAGUCAGCAAACUGUACAGAUCCACCAUCUCCAAGUAAGGAACGUGAUAUCCAGUCCGUGUGCUGUAGUGGUGCCUGCAGAGCUGCUGUGCAGGUGACCCACGGCCCAGGUUUUGGGGGGUGAGCGAGUGGAGGAUUCUUGUCCCAAUUUCCUAUUCGAUUUCCCCAAACUUUGUACAAGUGACAGGAAAUUUAACCCCUGGAGUCUGUUUCCAAUCUCGCACGUUCCAGGAGUCCAUGUCCCUGCUCUGCUAUACGUUACGCUCUCUCAGAACAGCUGUUUGACUAAUCUUAGUAGAAGGCAGGUAGAUGUGCACUGUUAUAGACUAAAAAAAGAGAUGUAUAGUACAAGGUUUUACAAGCAGAAAGAAGGCUUAUAUCAUUGAUUUUAAUAGCCAGCUUUCCUUUAAAGUAAAUAUGGCAUGUGUUUUAUGAUGGGAAUAGCUCUUGUAUGUGGUAUGGGUUGGUUUGUUCUUUUACCAUUGCCACACGCGAUGAAGCAAUAUGGGGGUCAAACGCUAAAGCUAAGUAACCGUAUCCAUUAUGUAAUGGUGAAUCCCACUUUAUCUGUUGAAACUGUAAAGAGAAGUCUAUUAAUGGUGUUGGGGAAAGUGCUGGGAGGGAAAGGGGACUUGUUUGCCUUUAACAAACCUACUUUUUCCAAUCGUACGUUGUCAUACCAUAGUAGUGUGCUGAAGCUGAAAUGGUUGGAUUAGCGGCCUUCAGAGGUGGUAAUAUAAUAACAGCUGAAGAUCACCUCUCUGCAGGUUACUGGCACCACCACAAGUCAGCGGCCUUCUUCAAAGGAGGGGUGAAACGGUGCAUGGCUACAGCCUGCCCCUUUGCAUGUGGAUAUCUUCCAUCCAUUGUAAUCCAACUUGAGAGGAAUUGUUCUUUUAAGAAAAAAAAAAUACACAUGGAUAUGUUGAACCUUGAUCAGCUGGAAAUCAAAUGUACUGGUUACUUUAUGAACCAGAUAAUUGGAAGAAAACAGCUUCAAAAUCCCUCAGUCUGUGAAUAAACCUCAGCACUCAUUUUUGCUUUACAAACUUUGGCUGACAACUUCUGUUGGUUGCAUUACUUCAUAUUUAGCAAGUUUUUACUUUUCUAAGGCUGUUUUUUUCCCUAAGUUUCUUGAAUUUUGAAUAGUAGCACUUUAUCUGAAGCUUACUACUGACUGAAUAAUUGAACAAAAUAAAUUGUUAUGGAUUUGGGGAGAGAUGCUAAAUUGAUUUCAGCGGAGUUGAUUUGGAUCAUACCCUGAUAUGAAUGCAUUAUGUUCUGUUUCUGAUAUAUUUUCAUUCGUCUCUGAGGGACUUUCAGAUAACAGGUUAUGACAGUUCUAGCCUUUGAAUUUUUUUUAUCAAAAUAAUUUUAGGUUUGAUACUAAAAAGGUGCAGACACAAAUUACAGGGUACCCUUAAAUUCAUCUCUGUUCUCUCUCAGCUAGCUGCAAAUGAGCUACGUUUACUGUAAAUGUUUCUGCUUAGCAUAAUUUUAACGUUAGGUAAUUACCUGGAAAUCAGUAUUCUUUUUUGUACUUAACUUAUUUUGAGUUUUGAUAACUACAGAUAAGUAGAUUAUGCACAACAGUAAUUUUUUUUUAAAGUCAUAACCCUUUUACUCGUGGGCCAGAGGCCUGAAACAUGAAUGAAGGGGUUAAAACAGUUUACAUUAAGGUGUUGUUCUCUUUAUUAAUUAGAAUAUAUUCACAAAGACUAGACUACAAAAUGCCCAGUGCAAUUAUCCCAGUACAUUAGGGCUCCACAGUAACAAAACGUAACAUCAUUUUAAUAAAUAAGAAAAAAUAGGUUUUAUUUUCUACAGAGUAGUUUUAACUUCAGUUCAGGUAGUUCACUGACUUGUGAUCUAGUUUCAACUAGCAAAUUUGGCAAGGCUGUUUUUGUGUGUUUUUCUGUAACAGGUGCUAUACUCUAUGUGUAAAUACAAAGGGAAAAAAAAUCUUGUCUGGAUCAUAUUCACAGUCAUAUAGGUGGCAAUAUUUAUUUGUUAGUCACGGUAAUGAGUUUGCAUUUUUGGCUGCAGCUUUACAUUUGUCUGAUUUCAACUGAGUUUCAUACUGACAUGACUGACAGUGUAAAGUAGAUCCUCUCCGUUGAUUAACUACUUUAUUAUUUAUUCAGCCUAGUUCUAUUAUACAUAUUCCUAUUAAUGUUAAAAAAUGUUUUUUUCCCCAUAAGUAGACACUUGCCUCCUUGAAUUUGUAUGACUGUUCAUCAAAGAAACCCAUUCAGAAAACACAACGUCUAGGCCGAGCAGCCAGGGUGGUCAACUGAAAUGACAAACUUGAAUUUGGUCAACACUGGACAAUGUGAAAAGAACUUCAGCUUUUGUCACUGCAGCUACUGUAUGCUUUAAAGGGCCUUAUGUAUUUGUCCUCAUUUUAGUAAAAAGAAAGUUCUUGCCAUGGAUACAGUACACUAACGUCCUACAGAAUACCAGCAGCUCCCUGGAUAAAUAUGCUAAUUAACAUUUAACAAGUCUUGUUUUAGUCUUAAGAACAAUUUCAUUCUCUUUUGUGAAAUAAAUGCUGUUAUGCAUCUUUUGUGGAUAUAUUUAAUUUCAAUUGACAAAUAGUUGUCUAGGUACAAACUUGGAAAAAUACAUAUAGUUUCCUUGUGGAUCUUAAUUGUUUAAUUGCAAAAUAAAG